AUUGUGGAGACUCCUGCCCCUCUACAAACCACACCCCCAAUGGAGACUGAGCCAAACAACACUCCUGAGCCUGCUCCUGUUGAGGUCCAGCCUUCAGAGCCUCAUCCCUCUGCCUCUCCUAGUAACCCAAAAGAGAGGAAGAAGUACAAUCGGGAAUUCCUGCUGCGUUUACGCUUCGUCAGUGCCAGCAUGCACAGACCCGAGGGUUUUCCGGACAUCCCCGGCGUCGUUCUGGACAAGGUAAACAUGACAGUUAGUGACAUGACGCUCUAUAGGAGCACAGUGCUUUACUCAGUAUGAAGCGUCAGGCUAAUGUAUCACUUUUUAUUGCCCUGGAGCAGGUCGAGGACCUGUAAGUCUCACAAAGGGAACUUUAAAACACCAGAUAGCUUUAUUAAUUGCAACAUUAAAGUCUGGAGUAUCUGAGGGUUGAUCAGUCUUUUAUUUGGUGCAUUAAUUAAAGUCACAGCCUUUCAGUUUUAAAUAAACAUUUCAAUUGUUUUUGUCAUCUCUAAGCAGUGUGAGCUUAAAAAGCCAAACAAGAUCACCACCAGCGUGUCUCUGAAUAAUGACAUGCAACUGGACAAGGCUGAGAAAGCCUGGAAGCCAGCGAUGGAAAAAGUCCCACAGCGACGAAGAUGACCAGGAAAUGGUCAAGACCCAGGAGCUCGUCCAGAAAGUGCGCAGUAUCUUGAAUAAACUGAUGUUACAGAUGUUCCAGCAGCUCAUGAAACGGGUCAUG